GAUGCACAUAUAAAACCAAUAGUGAAGAAUACCAAUGAAAAUUCAAGUGAAUACAUGGAAACGAUAAUAUCAAUAGUGGAUUCAAUUAUUCAGAGAUCUAUCGACUAUGUACAAAAGUUAAACAGUGAUUCAUCGAAAGUUGACAUAAAUCAUGGAAAUUCUGAAAAUACUCAACAGCAUGGUGCAACAAUAGGUCAAGGGAAAUCAGAUGAAUCUCCAGAAAUGAUACGUAAUCUAAUAACAUCAAUAAUACAGUCAUCAUUAUAUCGUGUCUAUGAAAAAGAUCUACUUAAUAAACUAAGUAUGAAACCUGAGAAUUCUGAAAGUCCAUAUGAAAUCAACCCAACGGAUUAUAAUUACUAUGAUUUGGAAAAAUUAUAUCUCAAUGAAAGUUCAUAUGAAAUCAAUGAUGAAAUUAUCUUAUCAGAUAAACCUUUACCAAUUCCUAAUAUACAAUGGCCUACUAUUGAAGAAUUUACACCAAAAUUAGGACUGGAAAAAAUUGAAAAAUAUGUAAAGUGUUGGGAAAUAAGUGAUAAAUGGCUUUACUGCGUUGAUAUUUUGCCAAUCGUGGAACUAAAGAAUGAAACGCUUCAUAAAUAUCGAGUGAAAUUUAGUCUGCCAUCUAGGCGUUCACCCAUACCAAAAUCUACGGUGUCGGUUUACUUCACGCUACGAAUAUCUCGGAUAAAGCCAAAGAAUUCAGCUAUACUUGUCUAUUAUCAAGUCGAAACAUUCCGCUCAAUACAAAUUCCAGGAAAGAGCAGAUUUUCCGAGAGAUGGUUAACGGAUGUUGUCAAUAGCAAGAUACGAUUAAUGUCCUAUGUCACUUUCUAAAUACUUAUUUGGACAUGAAACAAAAAAGUACUUGAGUUCAACUACGAUAACAUGUAUGAACAUUGCUUUCAUUCCAGAUAAAUACUUGGAGCAGCAUUGUUAGUAUUUUAGUGUAUUGUCAGCUGACAUGGUUUGCAAUGUAUCUAAGUUAUGAGCUACCGACCCGUUUUACUAAAUAAAAACACUUGCAUUAUAAAUCGUAAAUUUAAUUAAUUUUCUUUUAAAUCGAGUGAACAAUAAUUUCA